AUGGAUAAUGCCAACCUAUGGACUCGUCGAGCAAACUCCUCCAAACUGUCUUUGUCCAUGUCCGGAACCGACGGCAAGGACGGUGCCCGCGUCGACUUGCCCCGCCCAUCCAAACGAUUCGGCCCGGACAGCUCUCACGGUCGUUCCAAUCCAUUUAACGCAGUAUCUCCCAUGUCUACCGGAGUCCCCUCUCCUUCCACGAAUGCCUCGUCUGCCUUCGGCUUAGGCUCAGGUGCAUUCGCCUCGUUUGGCGCCCCCAAGACCGGAAGCUCAUCGGAAGUCAAGACGCCCGGUGAGAAGCGCGAUCACUCCACAGAGCAGGAGGAGGCCCUCCAAGCCAAGGCGCUGGCCCAUACUUCCAUGCCUGGGCCUGGAGAACACCCUCUCAAGUCGACCUGGAUUGUCUGGUAUCGCCCGCCCACACCCAAGUAUUCGGAUUAUGAGAAAUCGACGGUGCCGCUGGCGUCUAUAUCGUCAGUAGAGAGUUUCUGGGCCGUAUACUCGCAUCUCAAGCGGCCGUCGCUGCUACCGACGGUGUCGGACUACCACAUCUUCAAGAAGGGCAUUCGGCCCGUGUGGGAAGAUGAGGCGAAUAAGCGCGGCGGCAAGUGGAUUGUGCGGUUGAAGAAGGGCGUGGCGGACAGGUACUGGGAGGAUUUAUUGCUGGCUAUGGUGGGUGACCAGUUUGCCGAGGCUGGUGACGAGGUCUGCGGUGCCGUCCUUAGCGUGCGGGGUGGCGAGGAUGUAUUGAGUGUAUGGACGCGGAUUGAUGGGGGGCGGAACAUCAAGAUCAGAGAAACGAUCAAGCGUCUGCUCGCUUUCCCAUUGGACACCAAUAUCAUCUGGAAGAGCCAUGAUGAUAGUAUCGCCCAGCGUUCUGCCAUCGAUCAAGCUCGCCACGAGAAAGCGACAUCCUCCAACCCCGGAGCUCACUUGGGUUCUGAGCGGCGGCGCACCGGCCACGAGGAUUCAGAGAAGGUCUAA